CCGUUGGCAUGUGGAUCCAACUUGCAAGCUGCUAUUAUAUAAUUAUUGAUACUGAUCCUAGCAUAUUUGGAUUAUUGAAUAAUAAACCUUGUCUCUUUAAAGCCGCUAUCUUUUUUUUUAUAAUGACCACUGCUCAAGUUCAAGAUAUGAGAGAUCAAGAGGAAUGGGCAAUGUCAGUGGAACAUAUAAUCUUGGAAAUUGCUAACUUAGUGGGAAUUGGAAUUGAAUAA